UUUUCUGCAAACUGUGGCGGCCGCCGAGCUCUGCUGAAAGGUUUUCCAGCCGAAGUCAGGAUGAGAAGACAUAGGAAUUGAUUGCCUACUCCUCGACUGAGACUGCAGUCACCGAGCACAACAAAAUGCCCACGGCACAGCUACUGAUGCAGACAGAAGAGGAAAACAAGUAUUUUAACAAUACAUUAAUUAACACCUCCCCUGCCUUAGAAAGACAAAUUGGUGAUGAACUCCGAUUGCUAACCUCCAAGUGUGAUAUGAGUGAAAAUGAGCCUUCUUAUUUUUUUUUCAGAGCUGAGGACUAUAUGAAGCCUGUUGCUGCCGUGGCCGAUUCCCUACCCCCUCUCACUGCCCACCGCUUUUCUCUCACAGACACACACGGUCAGACGCCCUCACAUACGCACACGCGCGCGCAAAUAUUUACACACUGCCACAUGGAAGAAAUCCGUGCACAUUUUCCUGCAAAUAUACUCGCGCGCGCACACGUCUUCUGCCCCUCACCGACAGAUACAGACAUUUACACACGUAGGCCAGUAAAGCGAUAACCGCGGUACUGGGACUCCACGCAGGUUCCCAGGACACGUCUUUUACAUUGCUACCGAACCGAUCAGCGAACACAGACAAACCUGCCAACACUUAAAUCUACUGGCUGGAUUUCAUCUCCAUGGCAACAAGCAUGGAAGGCCAAGAGGUGACUCCAGCAGGAAUUCUGAAGAGCCAGAAUGAUGUGACAGUGAAUAAUGAGUAGUACCUACUGUGGCAACUCUUCAGCUAAGAUGAGUGUCAACGAAGUGUCAGCUUUCUCGUUGACUCUGGAGCAAAAAACUGGCUUCGCUUUUGUUGGGAUCUUGUGCAUCUUCUUGGGAAUUCUUAUCAUCAGAUGCUUCAAAGUCCUGUUAGACCCGUAUCGUAGCAUGCCUUCCUCUACGUGGGAAGGUGAAAUUGAAGAGUUUGAUAAAGGGACGUUUGAAUAUGCACUUGCCUGAGUGUUUCAGCUUUAUAGUUUUUAGGGUUAUACCACGGGGGCACAUGGUGGACACAACUGUAAUUGCCUUCAGUGUGCUGGAGGAAGAUCAUUUCAUUCACUGAAUUCAAUAAAGGUGUAUGGUUAAUUUAUCCACCAUGCUGUGUAAGUGAUAGACCAUUGUUGGGGUUCCUCACUUUCCUCUGUCCUCACAUUGAGGUUUCUAAUGAAUA